CCGGUGGUGGGAGGCGGUGCCGUGAGCGGUUGAGGUGCCUGAGCUCCGAACUACGCGGGUUUGGCACAGGACAUCUUCGUGUGAUGUCAAACCUACCAUGCGGCAUAUGGCUGUUGGAUAAAAUUGGAUGCUGUUCCGGCUAUAAUACAAAGGCCCGGAACAUCACGUUCAAAUGGCUGAUAUUUAUCCUAACGUUCGUCACCUACGCGGCGUUCCACGCCUCGCGCAAGCCCAUCUCGGUGGUGAAGAACGUGCUGAACCAGGACUGCGACGGCCACACUCCGCCGCCGGGGGUGAACGCCACAGCUGACCCGCACUGGUGCGACUGGCAGCCGUUCGUUGGUGUAGAUUCCAACACCCUGCUCGGAUUCCUGGAUUCGUCGUACCUAUUCAGCUAUGCGGUGGCGAUGUUCUUUAGUGGCAUGCUGGCGGACCGCAUGGACCUGCGAUACUUCAUGACGGCCGGCAUGUUGUUCUCCGCCUCCUUCACGGCCGCCUUCGGCCUCGCGUACUUCUGGAAGAUCCACUCGCUGACCUACUUCAUCGCUGUGCAGAUAGCCUGCGGCGCCUUCCAGGCCAGCGGCUGGCCCGGCGUUGUGACGGUCAUGGGCAACUGGAACGGCAAGGGCAAACGGGGCCUGAUCUUCGGCAUCUGGAACUCGCACACUUCCGUGGGCAACAUCCUGGGCUCGCUGAUGGCCUCCGCCUUCGUAGACAACUUGUGGGGCCUCUCUUUCAUCGUGCCUGGUGCCUUCCUGGCGCUAGUGGGCGUGAUCGACUUCUUCUUCCUCACGCCCUACCCCAGCGAGGCCGGCUGUGACCCUCCGGAGCAGGAGCCGCUGCUGGACUCGGCUGAGGCCCCGGCCGGCAGCGACGACGACAGCGCCGACGAGUGCAAGGCGCUCACCAGCGUGGACGCCGCGGCCGCCGCCGCCUACGGCAGCACCGAGUGCCGGCACGUGGGGGCCGUGGCUGCCUCCGCAUCGGCCGACGAACUGGCAGAGCUGAUUGACCAGGGCUCGCCGUCAGAGGAGAGCGGCUCCGAGACGGACGUCUCCUCGCGGCUGGGCGAGGACGCCGCCAAGCAGCCGGAUGACCCGCCGACGGCCCAGGAGGAGGCCGCUAUCAGCUUCUUCAGGGCACUCAGGAUCCCGGGUGUGCUGCCAUUCGCCAUAUGUCUGUUCUUCGCCAAGCUGGUUAGCUACACCUUCCUCUACUGGCUGCCGCGCUACCUACACUCGGCAGCCAAGUACAGCCCGAGUCAGAGCGCCAACCUGUCGACCCUGUUCGACAUGGGCGGCAUCGUGGGCGGCAUCCUGGCCGGCCUGGCCAACGACUGGACGGGCGCGCCUGGCAUAGUCUGCGUCUGCCUGCUCAUCAUCGCCAUCCCCAUGAUGUUCGUGUACCAGGCGGUGGCCACGUACAGCCACAUGCUGAACAUGCUGCUGCUGGUGGUGGUGGGCCUGCUGGUGAACGGGCCGUACGCGCUCAUCACCACGGCCGUGUCGGCCGACCUGGGCACCUCGCUGCGCGGCAACGCCAAGGCUCUGGCCACCGUCACGUCCAUCAUCGACGGCACGGGCUCGGUGGGCGCCGCGCUCGGUCCGCUGCUGGCCGGCGCCGCCUCCAGCGGUGACAACUGGACCGGCGUCUUCGUCAUCCUCAUGUGCUCGGACGCCAUAGCUGUCGUGUCGCUGGGCUGGGUGCUGCGGCGUGAGAUGCGCGCCAUCUCGCGGCGGCGCCGCGAGGGCCAGUCGUGCACGGCUGUUGAGGACACGGCGUAACCGACCGGAGACGGCGCUGGAGCUAGACGGUGCUGGACGGGAGCUGCGCUGAAGCUACGCCACCGAAGCGCGACCGGUGCUGACAUCGGCGCUAGCGCGGGAGCUGCCCGGUGCUGAGCUGGAGCUGCGCCGGAGCUGUACCAACGGAGCGCGGCCGAUGUCAGACGGAAUCUCUGGCAGGGCUGAGGUCAGCUCCCGGCUCUCAGGCUUGUCAGAUGGGAUGUGCAAUCGAUGGAUGUGGCUGACGCUGCCUCGGCUGGCGUGAGCUGUGGGGCGAACGAACCGCGACUCUUCAUGCCCAGCAGAUGGCAGACCGCAGGCUCUCCCACGCCGCCGCAGUUCUUUGAAAUCCAGGGCAGGGUGUACCCGCGGUGGACGUACGUACGGACGCGGGGCACGAACAUUCCCCUGGACGGCAUGUAAGUGGGGAAAGACCCCGUUUGCCUCGCUCAGGUAACUAGAGUUCUCCAUUUCUGUCUCUCUAUCUCCAUAAGAGUCUCCCCAUUGCCGAGCGCAAUCAGAAAGGCACACUUUCCGUUCAGCGUCCUUAGCAAUGCUGUGUUUUGGCUGCGUCAGUCAGCUAGCAACUCGUCCACACCAGCGCGCUGCGUUUAAAGCGAAUGGCCUGAUGAAGCGUGCUUCCCCUGGACAGUCUUCCGCAUGUCCGGGCUCUUUCGCCGUAUCUGUCCUAGUGCGAGACCGCGGCCCAGCGCGUUUUGGCUGGGUUCUGUGUUCAGUUCGUCACAGCACACAUGGACGCCCGACCACUCGUCAUACUGUGAUCUUCUGGUGGCGGGGGGCCCCGCCGGCUUGCAGCAGGCGACGUAGGUUCAGGGUAGAUGGGCAUGACAUUGGACGGCUGCCGACGAGCUUGGGGGUGGGAGCGUGUGAAAGCGGACGGGCUUCAUGUGAUCGCAAGUAUUUUAGUGCCGUGCAUGACGAAGCGAGUGGAAACAGUUGUGGCGGGGUCCAUCACUGUUGUGGAGACAUGCCUUGGCUGUACUGGCAUUCCCCGGGGAAGGUGCGACAUUAGUUUUCAACUCUCAUAGUACCCGCCGCCUGCCGCGCUCUGCUGUAGAUGGGGGUAGCAAUCCGUGGCGGGCGUAAUGUUUAAGACGUUGUAUUUAUCGUAGUGUUCUAGACUUGUCCAUAGCGGCCGAUCUCUGGUAUGAUGGAUGUUUGCCAGAUCAUGCUUCGUAUUCUUCCAUAUAUCACCCGGGAAGCUGAUGUAUCUAGUCCAGUGGAGACUCUCCAUGACGAUGGAUGGGGAGGGGGGAUGGCAGUCAGGCAUUCUCCCCGUUAGGUUCCUCUUGCCUCGUUCAGACUGCGCCACAAAGACAGACGAUCGACUUGGGUCAUCUCAGGACCAUCACGAUUCGCCGCGCGCCCCGCAUGGUAGCACCGCUGGACCGGGUCUGUCGGCGGCCCGUGGAGUCGGCUGACAUGCGGCUGACGGCAGUGCCCUCUGCGUGUAGCUGGAGCUUACGUUUUUGCCGGGCAGGCGGCGCUGUCAUACGUGGUCUCGGUGUAUCGCGUUCAGGGUUAUUGUACACGUCGACUCACAAUCAUUCUGCAAACGCUCCUUCACCUCUGCCUAUCAACUCUACUUACUUUGACUUUACACACGUUAUUGACUUUGACUUUACACACGUUAUUGACUUUGACUUUACACACGUUAUUGACUGACUUUACACACGUUAUACCUCUAACUUUGACUAUACACACGUUAUUGAGUUACGUAACGUGUCUAGUGCAGUCACACAUACUUAUCACUCAUGCACGUGCGAUUUGGAUUCCAGAUGACAUUGAUGUUCUUCGUUUCGCCAGAUUCUUAGCAGUGUUGCGGUAUAAACUUUAUUUCAGGUAUUACGACAUUAAUUUAAUAACACAGAACUUAUCACCUUACUUCGGCCCCCAAGCCUCCAGUCGCAGCAGCGCCGCUGGCUCUGUCCGUGCGUGGACGGGCUGUGCGUAUUUCACAGGAAAAACCCGAGCCGGGACUUGAAAACGACCCUUAAGGGUCCUGGGUUCGGGACCCCGACCCUAGUUUCGUUAGCCCGCUGGCCGGAGCCAGCUGUGUGAUGUGCGCCUCCUGCACCAGCGCAGGUGCCAUCGAGAAACAUUCAUUGUGAGGGUGCUCUGCGGGGCCGGCCGCGGGCUCUCCUGGACCUUGUGCUUAUCGUCGCCUCGUGUUAUUUCCUGUGGUGCGUAAUGUUCAUUAUCCUGUGCCGUGUUGUGGAGAUUGACAAUACAUGUAUGUCAGCAACGGU